AUGUAUCCCUCCACCAACAGCGAUGGUAACAUCUCUUUCACUAGUAUUAAUGUCCAACCAAUGAAGAUAUCUUCUUUGUACAAUUACGACAAUGAUGCCAGUCUUUCAAAACCCCCCCGAGAACAUUACUACCCUCCAUCAUCUUCCUCCUUCCAACUUCUUUCUCCUCAUUACAUUACCUUGGAAGAYGAAACGAUCUUCAGUGAUCUUUUACAAMAAGGAAACCCCUUCUCCCAUGAUCAUAACCAUCACGAUACCAACAUUGUUGUUCAUGAACAGUACUCUACUCAUGGCAUUAGGGCCAGUCUGCAGUCUGCUAUCGGAAGAUGCAGCAACAACAAUGGGAAAUUUGUUGCUAAAGAUGGAGAUGGUGAUAUUAAUGAUGGCUUCAAUAUUCAGGUGGAGCCGAAAAGUAGCAGUACAAGGAGGAGAGCUUCCAAGAAAGACAGGCACAGCAAGAUUAACACAGCUCGAGGACUGAGGGACCGAAGGAUGAGAUUGUCUAUUGAUGUUGCUAAGAAGUUCUUUAAGUUGCAAGAUAUGCUUGGGUUUGAUAAAGCCAGCAAGACUGUUGAGUGGUUGCUCAUGAAAUCAAAAUCAGUCAUUCAAGAACUCCUCCCUCAAAAGUUGAACCUGAGAUCCAGCUUUAUGGCUGUUUCUAACAGCGCAUCUUCUACUCCAAACUGUGAAGUUUUGUCWGGAAAUACUGACAAUCAAUGUAUGGUUACUGGAGAUGAUCAAGCAACUCCAAAGUUCCARGAGAAGUCCUCUUAUAGCAGCAACUGCAAAGAGAAGAAAAAGAGUACUGGUAGAGGAGUUAGGAAAAGUGCACAUCUUCUUCAUAGCCCUCUUGCUAAAGAAACAAGAGAAAGGGCAAGAGCAAGGGCAAGGAAAAGGACAGUGGAAAAGAGUAACAAGAUUGGUUCUGGUGGUGAUGAUCAAUCUUCAAAAUCUAGACCAUGUCUGGAUCAAGUAAUUGAUCAAUACUUACACCUUAUAGGCCCUUCGCCCAUCGACCAACCUGAACAGCAAAUCUCCCACUUACAAUUUAAGCAAGGCAUUAGUGUUGAUAAUUCUUCAUUGAUGACAGCCAAUUGGAGCCCAUCCUUCUUGUUCAAUAAUCAGCAUGCUGGAGCACCUCCUCAUGAGCAUCAGUUCAAUGACUUUCAGAUAUUUGGCAAUUUAUGGGAAGGCAACAAUUAG